UCCCUCUCUUCUCCGUACUCAAUAAACUUCCGCCUCCAAAGGGCUGAGGCAGCCGCGGCUAGGAAUGGCCGGGCUUCGAACUCAGGCUCGGCAGGGUUCUUUCUCUUCUGGUGGAGACAGAGCCAACGGGUAGCCAGAACGCCCCGAUCCGCGGUGCCAUUGUGUGCUCGAACCUUAGCGGAUGUGCAGCAGAGAGUACCCUGAAACUAGCACAGAACGGGGUGCGCCUCUGGGCGGUGGGCCCCGCGGGCCAGGGCAGGCAGGGAGCGCUGGUCCCCUCAGCCUCCGACCCUCAGGCGGCUUUCGUCUGUGUAGACGAAAGCCCGAGCACUCGCGCUGCCGCUGUCCGGCUGGAGCUCGGGUCCCGCCGUGGCCGGUGGAUGCUGCAGCUCCGCUGUCCACCCGCACAGAGGAAGGGGACGGGGAGGAGCCUGUGCACAUGCCAGGGUCGCUGGUGGAGGCCGCGGCCGGCGCAUGCGCGCCCUCCCCCAGAAGGCUGGGACGCCGAGGGGCGCGCGCCCCUCUCCGCGCGCGCACGCUCGCUCGCUCGCGCCGGCCGGAGGCUUCCCCGCCUGCGCUCCGGGUCGGAGCCACUCAGGCGCGUGCGCGCGUGGUCUCGGGCCGACCCGAGUGGCCGGGUUCUCUGGGCUCCAGGCCCCCGCCGCCCCCUCCAGGCUCCCAGCCAACCCGUCCCUCCCUUUCCUCACGGAAUGGGUCCGGCGCUGCUCGGGGUCGCGCGCCCUGGACCCGGCUCGCGCUCGGUCUCGCGCUGUCAGCCGCUGCCUGGCUCGCGCCGCCUUGCGCUUUCCCUCAGUCAGUGGCGCCGAAGGCUCCGUUAAGCGGCGGCCGCGGUUCCUGUUUCCGUUUCUUCCUCUCCCUUCAGUCGGGAGUAGCAUCCUCCACCCCAGCACCCCUCCCACUCUCCCGGCGCGGCCAGCUGCAGCUGAAGGCAGCGGCUGUGGCGACCGGGGACGGCGCCGAUCGCCUCGCUCCCGCCGCGGGCUGCUGUUCUGGCUGAGGCCGUCUAUGGCCCUGGUGGUGUUUUCAUCCAAGAUCAAGUCCUUUCCAUUAUUAUUUAUUAACUGAACAGAUUCAGGUCAGUACACUUUUGUGGAUAGCACCUUUGUGUUUCCAUUUGACUCUUUUGAGAUGAUUCUGUUUUUAAAUUUGUGUGUAUAUGUACCAAUGGAGUAUAGUGCCAACUGGCCACUUAGUCCAAACUAGUUAAUUAUGUAUUAAUUGGGAAGUAUUUUCUGCCUGCCUACCUAGUAUAAUCUGUUUCAUCAUAAAAUCACAGCAUGUUAAUUUUUAAUAGCUUUGAUUUUCGAGUUUUGAACUUGGUAAAAACAAGUUGUGACCACAUUUUCUAUAUGGAGCCUAGGUUGUUGUGUGGCGUAACUGGUAAUGAGAAUAAACUCACUUUAGAAACUUCUGAUGUUUUAGUAGCUCUUCUAAAACGUGUCCACACAUGAAUUAAGUCAUAUAUUAACAUCUCUACUUUUAAUAUUAAUUCUAAGAGGAUUGGCAUACAUAUUUGUUCCUUCAAUUAAAGCAGUUCUACAGGCUUUCCGCUUCAUUCAUGUUCCUUUGUAGUUAAGCCCCGUCUUUCACCAUGACUGGCAGCAGUGUGGAUCUGUUUUCUGCUCACACAGUUUACCUUUCAAACUGUGCUGCUUGAAUGGAAUUAUCUAGAACUUAGCUUUUGGAAUCUGCUUCUUUUACAUCAUAUAAAGCAGUGUGCUAUUCCUGUCCCCGUGUGAAUCAGUACUUGAUUUUCAGUGGUGUACUAGUACUGUGCUCUGGGGAUUUACCACAGUUAGUUUAUCCACUCACUAGUUGAUGGACAUUCGGACUAUUUCAGGUUGGGGGUGAUAGUAAUGCUGUCACAGUCAUGCAUUCAAAAGUAACAUGACUUUGUAUUCUUUAUUAAAAUAGUUUUUGUUGUUGUUAAAAGAGGUUGUAUUGAUUCAACCAUCACUGUUUUGGGGGCUAGGGUUGCAUUUCUUUUAAAACCUGUUCCACGAUCUUUUCAGUUUUGGAUAUUGAAAUUAGUAGCUUGUACAUGCCGGGAGAGGGCUUGCUUAGCCCCGCCCUUUUUUGUUGUUUUUGAGACAGGGAUUUGCUGUACAGAUCAGACUGGCCUGAAAUCACAGUUUUCCUGCCUCCACCUUCUGAUUGUUAGGAUCAGAGCAUGUGUGCUACCAUGCCUGACACUACAGGCUCUCAGUGUUAUUAAAAAGAAAUCAGAAAUAAAUUUAAUAGACGCAGGGUAGAGGGAGAGACCUCUAACUGUAUUUUGUGUGUUUAUUGAGAGAAGCCAUAUCUAGUUGUUAGAAGCAGAAGUAGACUGUAGCAGAGCUUGCAGUGUUUCUUGAGCAUCGUGUUAGAUCAGACAUGUAUAGGUAGAACAAGUCUAAUAUUUCCAGCUUAUAAAAGUCAAAUAAAUUAUAAACAUUUUUUUCUGAUCUUAAAAGUUUAGUUA